AUGCCGGCCCGGCGCCCGCGGAAGAGCGGCGAGCGGCGUUCGGACUCCGCGGCCCCCGGCGGAGGAAUGGAUGGAUGGAUGGAAGGAUGGACGGGUGGACGGAUGGAUGCUUCGGGGCUGGUCCUCCGCGCGUCUCGCGGCGCCCACCCUAACCCAUGGCAGUUGCGGGGUGCUCUAGGUGAGGAGUGGGACUCGGAGGAGGUGGAAUCGUGCGAUAGGGGCGGAGGGACCCGUCGGAGCCGGGCUCUGGGACCGCUCCUCCUCGCGGGCUCCGCCCCCCCGUGGCCGGAGGCCCCGCCCCCUCCAGCCCGCCUCCCUCCUCCUCCUCCUCCGUGUUCACCUUGGUGUUCUCUCGGGAAAGCCCCGGGGACAAGGACGCCUGUUGGAAGAUGGCCUGAGGGGAGGGCUGGGCCGUGCGCCCCGGGCGGGGGAGAGCUGGAGGAGCGAUGCCCGGCAGCGCCCCGCACCCAGGUCUCAGUGUCCCCGGCCAAGGGCUGCCAGGCGUGGGUCUGCACAGCUGGUGAGACCGCUGGAGACCCGGGGAGAGAGAACAGGUUUGGGGAGGGCAGUGGCCUUCGCUGCCAGCGAGAUAACCGGAGGGCUCUCGCACGCGCUCGAGAUGCGGGAGACGAAAUGGGGCGGAGGGUAUGUCGGAGGGCGUUUCCAGGAGAGGUUGCCCCUCUGGGGCUGUGCUACCGCCGACCCCCAAGUCAGUGGAUAAGCGUGGCGGGAGAGCAACGUUUCCGCAGGAAGGUUAAGAGAAAGGGUGGAGGGACAGGACUGGAUGGAAGGCAUCCAACACGAUGAAAUAUGGUGUAGAACGGUCUGGGUAGAACGAGCUCUGGGUACUAAAGUUGCAAGACCAAAGAGGAUCGCAAGGCUGCCUGCCACACCCCCUUCCUGGCUGGUCCCCUUUGUGACUGGACUGAAUCUGGACGACGAUGAACAUUACUGCAGCGCCCCCUACUGCAUAGCAACGACAGGGCAUGGAAAACGUCUUUCCCUGGCCGGCUGACCUCCCCCUACCACCCUUCUAAAAGAACAACCUACAAGCAAAUGCUGAAAGGAAUCAAACUCCUGGAUAUAGGACAGUGACCUGAAAAGUUUGGAUGCAUGCAAAACAAGAUUUCAUUUUUCCCUGACUUCACUGGGAAAUCUAAAAUCUUAUAGACGCAGACAAAUAUAGAAUGUUAUCCACGACAGACAAAUUUUGUGCCUUACUAAAAUGUAAACACUUUAAAAACAUUGUGACCCCUUACGUUUCCCCUUAGGUUUUAUCGUUUUGAAAGGAUUUUUUGUUAUUGUUGUUUGAAUCCUAUCAGUUGGUCCAAAAGGUCCUCUGUGACAUUGUUCUGGGCUUAUAUGUUGGUAUUGGGUCCUAGCAUAUAGGAAUGGAAUUCAUACACCUGAGUCUGAUGCCUGGGUUUGUAUCACAGCUCUUGCCACUUAUUAUUUGCGUGACCUGUGACCAGUCACUUAGCCUCUUUAUGCCUCAUUUCUCGUCUCUCUAUAACAAUAACAGUGUUGUGAGUACUUUUAUAACUAUGGGAGUCACUGUGUAAAGCAUCCAAAAGGGUCCUGGAAGGUGCCAGAAAAGUGUUAGCUGUUAUUAUUAUGGUUUCAAUUCUCGGGUUUCCCUCUGAAAUAAAAUGUAAAUGUUUGCCUUCAAAACA